AAAAAAAAGAUUAAAUGCUAAUUAGUCAAAUCAUCUCCUGUUGCUUUAUUUACACCACUGGAAGUAUAUUUUACAGAUCUAAGACAUUCCCCUGAAGAACAGAAGAUGGUUCUCAGAUGUAAGAACUGCAGCAUGCAGAAAAGGCAUAGUGAGGUCUUUGUGUCUCUGCAGCUCUUCAUUUUGAUGUAAAUGUGGGGCAACCUUGCAGGUUUGAACUGGGGGAGGGGGCCGAAUGAAAUGCAACUGGAGGGAUCUUUUGUGUGGCCUCCUGUAAAUCCCAAAUGUUCUCAAGAACUGAAAACAAAAACAGCGUGAGUGCUUGGGCCGGCCAACUUCGGUCGCCUCAAGUGACGUACCAACUGCCCCAACAAAGAAAACCCCACUGAAGGCAUUCAGUCGGCUGUUUUCCAGAAUAUUCGUUCCUGCCCGUCCUGGCCAGGCAUUUACAGUGUCAACACCAUGAAGGGAGUCGCCCACCGGGAGUCCUGCAGCUGUAUAAGGCCACCGUACAUGGUGGCAUGUGGCUGGGAUUAGGAAAUUUCACUGUGGAUUAAAAUCUUUCCAACUUCUCCAUGGCCACCAGCUAAAAGGAAAGGAGUCCAAAGCUCUAGCGCAGAUCCAAGGAGAACGCUGGGCCCAAAGUCUCACUGAGCAGGAUGUUCCAGCUGCUUCCGGGUCACAUCCAGCCGCCUGGACAUCGAACCCGAAAAAGCCGUCUGGUCACCAAAGAUGGGCACUGCAACAUUGAGUUUGGCAACAUUGAGUACAGUAACCACUUCGCCUUUGUGGUGGACUUCUGGACUACCUUCGUGGAAAUCCGCUGGCGUUUUGUCCUCGUCCUGUUUGUGGCUACCUUCACUGGCAGCUGGUUCAUGUUCAGCCUGUUGUGGUACUGGAUCGCAAAGAGCAACGGGGACCUGACGGCGCAGAACCAAACAGAGGAGCACGUCCGUUGUAUAGACAAUGUUAACGGCCUCACAACGGCGUUCCUGUACUCACUAGAGACACAAACCACCAUUGGUUAUGGUGGCAGGGCGCUGACUGGGCACUGUGCUGGCACGGUGGCUCUGAUUAUCAUCCAGUCUCUAGUUGGCGUCUUCAUCAACUGCUUUAUGUGUGGCAUCAUCCUGGCCAAGAUCUCCUUACCCAAGAAAAGGGCAAAGACUGUCACCUUCAGCAACACAGCGGUCAUUUGUUUGAAGAAAGGAAGUCUGUGUCUCCUCAUCAGAGUGGCCAACCUUAGAAAAACCUUAUUGAUUGGAAGCCAGAUUUAUGGGAAGCUGCUGAGGACGACCACCACUCCAGAUGGAGAGACCAUCAUCCUGGAUCAGCUGGACGUUGACUUCAUGGUUGAUGCUGGCAAGGAUAACUUAUUCUUUGUUUGUCCGCUGACGCUCUACCACGUCAUUAACAGAUCGAGUCCAUUCUACGAGCUGUCCGCCGACACUCUCCCCCUACAGGACUUUGAGUUGGUGGUGUUUUUAGACGGGACGGCAGAGUCCACCAGCUCAUCAUGCCAGGUACGAACAUCAUAUGUCCCACAGGAGAUCCAGUGGGGCUACAGCUUCCUCCCCAUCAUCUCCCGCACUAAAACAGGAAAGUAUCGAGUGGAUUUCUCAAACUUUUCCAAAAGUGUCCGAGUUACCACGCCGCACUGCGUCCACUGCUUUGAGACGGACGGAGACCAGAGAACCCCCAACAAGGAGAACCACAUCAACCAGCUCAAGCUGGGCAUCGACAACCUGGGCUUCCAGGUGAUCGACAUUCCUGACCCGGUAGAUGUCACAAAAAUGUGAAACGUACCUAUUCUAGAGGAAAGGUGAAAGCUAUAAGGGCCACUGAAGAUACAAAUAAAAGGAAGAGAAAAUUUCCGCCAAAAAACUCAGAAAUUUUGGAAUUAAUCUCAAAAAUGUUCUAAAAGAAAAAUAUAUGUGUUUGAAAAGUCAAAACAUUUCAACUUUGAAAUUUGUGGAGCUUCACAGGUCUAACAUUUUUGUCUUUUCAAAUUGAAACUUUUUUCUAGAAAAUAUCUGACAUUAAUCUCUAAAUUUCCAUGUAUU